ACGUAUGAUUGCCUCCGCGUGAGAACUAAAAUAUGUUACGAUGGACAUUUGAACCUUUUUCAUGUCGCCGGCCAUUGGGGAAUGGUGAUAAACAAAACUCACCAAUCAAAAUCCCUCAGACGGUCAACACGCUCCCAUCCAUCUCUUCUCAAGCUCUUUCCCAUCGGAGCUGUGCUUCACCACUGUGUUCUCCGUGUGCUCUGUUGCGAAAGCAACCAUGGCUGAGUUUGUGAUCGGGCCACUGAUCUCCUUGCUGAAGGGGAAGGCCUCCAGCUACCUUCUAAACCAGUAUAAGGUGAUGAAAGGCAUGGAGGAGCAGCGUGGGAAGCUAGAGCGCCAGCUGCAAGCCAUCCUUGGCAUCAUCAAAGAUGCUGAGAUGGGAUCUUCCAGACAAGAAGUAAGCGUAUGGCUCAAAGCUCUCAAGAAGGUUUCCCAUGAGGCGAUUGACGUCUUCGAUGAGUUCAAGUACGAGGCUCUCCGGCGUGAGGCCAAGAAGAAGGGGCAGUACACCACUCUCGGGUUUGAUACUGUAAAGCUCUUCCCUUCUCAUAACCCAAUUGUGUUCCGUCACAGGAUGGGCAAGAAGCUGCAGAGGAUUGUGCGGACAGUUGGGGAGCUUGUCGCAGAAAUGAACGCCUUUGGGUUCAAACAACUGCAGCAAGCACCGCCGUCCAAACUGUGGCGGAUCACAGAUUCCAUCAUGAAGGACUCCGAAAAGGAUAUUGUUAUCAGAUCUAGAGAUGAUGAGAAGAAGAAGAUUGUGAGGAUAUUGAUAGAUCGAGCUAGCGAUGAGGAUCUUAUGGUCCUUCCCGUUGUUGGAAUGGGAGGGCUGGGCAAGACCACCUUUGCGCAGCUUAUCUACGAUGACCCUGAAAUCAAGAAGUAUUUCCAAUUCCGGAGGUGGUGCUGUGUUUCAGAUGAUUUUGACGUUGCUAGGAUUGCAAGCGACCUCUGUCAGACCAAGGAGGAAAAUCGUGAAAAGGCAUUACAGGACCUUCAGAAAAUUGUAGCUGGAAAGAGGUACCUCAUUGUGUUGGAUGAUGUAUGGGAUCAGGAUGCUGAUAAAUGGGAAAAGCUGAAGACAUGCCUUAAGCAAGGUGGCAAGGGCAGUGUAGUACUCACAACAACUCGUAAACCAGAAGUAGCUCGAGUUAUGGCUGCAGGUGAGGCUGUCCAUCAUCUGGAGAAGCUGGAGCACAAGUAUAUAAAGGAAAUGAUCCAGAGUAGAGCAUUCAGUUCGAAAAAUCCCAACACUGACGAGCUUGGUGAUAUUGUUAAUAUGGUUGUGGACAGAUGUCAUGGCUAUCCUUUAGCUGCCAAAGCAUUUGGCUCUAUGCUGAGUACCAAGACUAGCAUGCAAGAAUGGAAGGAUGUAUUAACCAAAAGCAACAUUUGCAAUGAGAAGACUGAAAUUUUACCUAUACUCAAGCUCAGCUAUGACGACUUACCAUCACACAUGAAGCAGUGCUUUGCCUUUUGUGCUCUGUUCCCCAAAAAUCAUGAGAUUGAUGUGGAAGAUUUAAUCCGGUUAUGGAUGGCAAAUGACUUCAUAUCCCCGCAGGAUGAGGACCGUCUUGAGAGGGAGUAUGUAGAAAUUUUUGAGGAGCUAGCAUGGCGGUCGUUCUUUCAAGAUGUGAACCAAACCUCUCCAAUAGGGACUCAUGGUAAGAGAGAGCAGCUCCGUCACAGGACAACAUGCAAGAUACAUGAUCUUAUGCAUGACAUUGCUCUAUCUGUUAUGGGAGAAGAAUGUGUCACUAUAGUUGCUGGUUAUGAUCGCAAAAGGUUGUUUUCAGGCUCUUCUCGCCACAUAUUCGCAGAAUACUAUAAAAUUGGCAGUGAUUUCGAUACUUUUUUGAAGAAACAAUCUCCAACUCUCCAGACACUGCUGUAUGUUGAUUCUAAUAGACCGAUGCCAUGUUUAUCAAAGUUCAGUUCUCUGCGAGCAUUACAACCUUUGAUAUUGAAAGAACUUCCGUUCAGGCCUAGGCACGUGCAACACCUGAGGUAUUUGAACUUCUCAAGAAACAUGGAGAUUGAAGAACUUCCUGAGGAAAUAAGCAUAUUAUAUAAUCUACAGACUCUAAAUCUUUCUCAUUGCAACGAUCUUCGUCGACUUCCAAAGGGUAUGAAGUAUAUGGCAAGUCUCCGGCACCUCUAUACUAAUGGAUGCCAAUCACUGGAAUGCAUGCCCCCGGACCUUGGGCAGCUGGCUUCUCUACAGACUAUGACAUAUUUUGUGGUGGGUGCUAAACCUGGUUGCAGUACUGUCAAAGAACUGCAGAACUUAAACCUUCAUGGUGAAUUAGAGUUAUGCGGUCUACAAUACGUAUCUGAAGAGGAUGCAGAAGCAGCGACACUUGGAAUGAAAGAGAAACUUACACAUUUAUCUCUUGAAUGGAGUGGUGACCACCAUGAGGAACCAUUUCCAGAUUGUCAUAAGAAGGUGUUAGAUGCUCUUAAGCCUCAUGAUGGACUGUUGAUGCUUAGGAUUGUUUCCUACAAAGGCACUGGAUUACCAAGAUGGGCGACAAAUCUUACCGUUCUAAAGAAUUUGGUCGAGCUCCAUUUGGUUUGCUGUACAAUGUGUGAAGAAUUUCCUUUAUUUUGUCAUUUGAGGGCACUUCAAGUUCUUCAUUUGAGAAGGCUGGAUAAAUUGCAAUACUUAUGCAAGGACACAGUAUCUGCAAGGUUCCCAGAAUUAAGAGAACUCCAGUUACACGAUUUGGAGAGGUUGGAGAGAUGGGUGCUUGCGGAAGGAACAGAAGAGGAAGAGCUAACGUUUCCUCUGCUGCGGCACCUUGAAAUUAAGAACUGCCCAAAACUGACAACUCUGCCUGAAGCACCCAAACUCCAGGUUUUAAAGGUAGCAGAAGUCAAAGAACACCUAUCAUUAUUAAUUGUGAAAUCAGGAUACAUGUUUUCUUUGUCCGAGUUAGAAAUGUCUGUCAGUGACACGAAAGCAGUACCAGCAUCGCAGGAUUUGCAGCUCUGUCAGGAUGUUGAAGCAACCCUUUCAGAAAUGAUUUUGUCUGGUUGUGACUUUUUCUUCCCGUCAAGUCCACCUCAACCACCAAUUGGGAUUUGGAAUUGCUUUGGACAACUUAUAAUUUUGGCAAUCAAAUCAUGCGAUACGCUUAUCUACUGGCCUGAUCAAGUGUUUGGAAGUUUGGUAUCGUUGAAGCAGCUUCGCGUUGCUAGUUGCAGUAAGUUAAUUGGCCCAACACCGCUGAAACAAGACCCAACUCAACUGAGAUAUCAGCUCCUGCCACAUCUGAGAAAUCUAAGCAUAUUUGACUGUGGAAGGUUAAGAGAGCUCUUCAUUCUCCCCCCAUCUCUCACAUACAUUGCUAUUCUGAACUGCAGUAACCUUGAGUUCAUAUUGGCAAAGGAGGAUGCAGAGUUGGAACACCUUGAUAGAUUCACACCGUCUGAACACUGCAACGACCUCGUAUCCACAAGCAUGCCAAAGCAGUUUCCCUUACCAAGGCUGGAAUGUCUAGCCAUCUGCUCUUGUCAUAAAAUGGAAGCACUCCUGUAUCUACCACCGUCACUCGAGCACUUGCAAAUUCAAUCAUGUCAUAACCUUCAUACCGUGUCAGGGCAGCUGGAUGGACUCAUGGGUUUAUACGUUGCGAACUGCAAUAAGCUUGAGUCACUGGAUUCUGCUGGAGACUCGCCAUUACUGGAAGACCUCAACGUUAAGCAUUGCAAACGGCUGGCGUCCUUAUCAAUUGGUCUCUAUCGUUACUCACAAUUUCGUACCUUUGCAAUUGAAUAUUGUCCAGCUAUGAAUAUGAAGCCCAUUUAUGAACGCCAACAGCAGGUUGGUAGCCUUGAACACCGGUGGAAUAUGUCACGUGCUCAUUCAAGCGAUCCAGCUGAAGGGCCCAAGUGGAGGGAUCCAAAAUCUUGGAAGUAUGCUAUUCCUGGACAUCGUUACCAACGUUAUUGAUUUCCUAAGUGAGAUUUGGAUACCAUGAAGGUCACAAAGAUAAUUCUCACAUCUUGAAUUAUCACGCAAAUGCAUUGAUCUUGGUUUGUGCUUCUUUGUUGCGCUGAUUACUUCGGGGAUAGUUGAUCAUCAAUUUUCCUUAUCCUCUUCAAGUUAAACAUCUUCCUUAGUUUUUAUGGAUUGCAUGUUGGCAUGAGUAAGGGUUGAAGACUUCAAGUUUCGUCAAUAUGAAUUCCAAGCUGCAAUACUGGAGGUCUUGUUAAGGUCCAUUAUUUUGAACAUGCGUGUCCUGGAAUAAUUUACUUUAUCAGUUGCACAGCUGCUCUUGUAGUUUGCAGAGUUGUAAUCACGUGAUUCAGUUCAGCAUAUACUGUUUGUUAUACUACUAUUAUCUCUUUCUUU